UUUACUGCCGUUAAUUGGCUGUUAAAUCACAGGAUAUUAAACAUAUGUUGGAAAUAUGUGUUCAGUGUGUAUAUCUUGAAUUUGAGCGCUUGGACCGUCAUCAGCAUCGAUAAAAUGGAAGACAGCAUGAAGAACGGGGUUGGCACAUGUCAGACAGAAAAACAUCCGCUUGGACAAGGAGAAGACAGAGGCUUCAGUUGGGAUUCUGAUGAGGAUGGGUCACAAUCGACCAAAGAUGCCAACGGAGAAGGAUCGUACAGCGAUGCCGAUGGUGAUGCUGACUGGGAUGAGGAGGGAAGCUGCCCCCUGGUUAGUGGGAGUCCGGUCACCAUUAGGGUGGAGCCUGAAAUAAUGAGUGCAGAUGGAGAAGAAUUCAUCUGGGAUCCUGAAGAAGAUGUAUCGCCACCCCACCAAUCCCCUACGUCGUCCUCCGGCAGCGGCAUGUCCUACGGUUGCGGCUGCUGCGGGCAGCAGUUUGCGCACCUGCGCCAGCUGAUGGAGCACAUGGCGCAGCACGCGCCGCCGCACAGCCAGGCGGGGGCGGUCGCCGUCUCCGUGUCGCACCAGCUCUCGCAGGCCACCACCUCCGAGCAGCCGCGCUACACCGUCACGCAGCCGGUGCAGCCGCCCCCGCUGUCUGCACUGCCUGUCGCCAGGCCGGUGAUACCGCGGCCUGCUGCCACCGUCGUCCCACCCCAGGAGUUCGGAUUUGCUUGUGUGCUGUGUGGAAAGGUGUUUGCACGGCAGGGUCACCUGGCCAUGCAUUGUCGACUCGGGCACGGUGUCCAACCUUCCAAAGGGUGGGGACUGAAAGUGGCACCAAGCACUUUCAUGCAACAGGUACGGGCGAAGGACGUCGAGCGACCGUUCGAGUGCCAGCUCUGCCAAAAACGUUUUGUGCGGAAACACCACCUACAGGCUCACCUGCGUUCGCACAGUGGUAUCAAGCCGUUUAAUUGUCCAUUGUGCGGCAAGGCUCUGAGUAGCAAGCAGAGUGUUGGGAUACACUUGCGUCAGCACGAGCCGGUGCCGCCAGUGUCACGUCAACACCAGCCGAUACUGCCAGUGCCCGCUUCGCGUCCCCAGUGAUGUAGCCACGCCAUCUCUGCGGAUGUCCUCGCGAGAGUCUAUGUGAUCACCAACUGGAGGGUCCAGCCUCCAGAGUACGGAGACAAUGGUUCCGUUUAGUUUGGUGGGUCGACUGCCGGACGCAUGAGAAUGUAAAAUAUUAUUUUGUCGUGUGGAAUGUGACUGUGCACGCAGUUUUACUGGGUGUAUGCAUACCUCUAAGUGUCUGCAACUAGUAUAAUGUCAGAUGGUGUACCAUUGGUCAAACUGAGCUAUUAGUUUCCAUGGGUGAGCUGUGAUAUCUUUGUGCAUGUGUGUAUAAGAAUGUAUGCAUUCGCUAGUAAUGUUCAGAAAUAGUGUUCCUAUACAGAUACAGACUAGAUAAGCCAUUUAUAAGCAACAUGUCUCGGGUAACGGUGGCUGCUUUUUUAAUUUCCUACGCAAAGAAUUUCUUGUGUGUCCACAUUUUAGUUUUGAUAUUUGUGGAGACUACACUAUUUGUGGCUAAUUUUAGCAAUUACAUGAUUACAAGAGACUCUGCAGAACAGUGAAAUAUUGCGUGUUUAAAAGAAUAUACUCUAAAGAUUUGUAGAAUGUUUCCUUACCUUUAAGUAGCGUACUACCUCUGUUUCGGAAUCCACUCAGAUUUAAUGAGAAAUAUGUGGAAAAUUUAUUCAACUAUACGACAGCAACUCUUGUUUGCUUCCUCAGUUUCUAUUGCCUUUGUGCUUUGAACUUGUUACCUUCUCACAAAUUCCAACUUCACACAAAUGAGGAUUUUGACAAUGUAACAUGAUGAUUACUUCAGUUGAAGACUUGUACCAAAGAAAAAAAGCCUGCAUAUCUUGCAUUAGUGGACUCUAGCAUUAUAGUUUGAAUAAAUUAAUUCUGUGAUUGAUAAAUGUUAGCAGCAGUUGGCUGAUACCUGACCCCUACACUUGAUUCGGCUAAAAUGAUUCAGUACUCUCCAUGCCAGAUAUUGCAAGCAAGGUCGCAACUCUCAACUCCUUAAAUUUCUGUCGAGGUUUUGUUUUCUAGUGGGUCAGAAUAAAUAUUUGUAGAAAAGAUGGAAUAAGCAGGAUGUUGAAUAAUAUUUCACUCUUAAAAAAAAAAAAAAAAAAAAAAAUCAAUUGCACUCGGACUGGUGACCGUCUGGGUCUGCCGAGCUCAGUUGGCAAGGGGGGUACACUCAGCCCUUCUGAGAUCACUUGAGGUGCUACUUGAUUGAGAAAUAGUGGCUCCUGUCAUGAAAACAGACAAUGGCCAGUAGAACAGUGCGCUGACCACAUGCCCCUGCAUAUCCGCACCCAGUGAUCCCUAACAGUUGAGGAUGACGCGGCGGUUGGUCAGUACUGUUGGGCCUUCCGAGGCCUAUAUGAGCGGAUUUUAGUUUAGUUUGUUUUUGAGUAUUAUACUGGAUUCUUACAAGGGGUCUUUACAGAUUGACCCUCUUUGAUUUUCUUCAUAUAAAUAUGAUUUAAAGGUAAGUGCCUUAAGUAUCAAUUUCCUAAAUCAGUAUAGCGCACUUGGCAAAACAAAUAGAAAAAAUUGAGCUUGAAGGUUAUUGCCUAUUGUCAAGUACAAAAAAUUUGGAGCUUUUUCAACAGAGCUGUGUAUAUUUCUAGUCUUUUAAUUGUUAGGUUGCCAGUUCUAUUUUUGUUAGGGGGCAACUUUAUCCUUUUGUUUGAAUUCUACUAUAUAUUUUUAUCAAAUUGAAAUGUUAAUUAACAAGUGUUGAACCAUAAUUUUUUAUAAAAAUAACAUUUCUUUUAUUUUUAAUCCCUAAUCACAUGGAAAUGGGGGUAUUUGUAAUUAAUUAUAAUUUAGUACAAAAAUGUGAAGUGUAUUGGCAAAUGAAAAAAUUUCAUGUCAGUAAUAGUUUUUAAUUUGUUUGUGUUCAUUGAUAACCUCUAGAAAUGAAAAGUGUGACAUAGUGAUUUAGGAAAUGAAACAAUGGAAAAUGAAGUUUGGAAUAAUGUCAGUCUUAUGAAAAGGGUAGAUUGCUAUUUACCAUACAGGGGAGAUGUUGAGUUGCGGGUAGGUACAACAAAAAGACUGUCUACAAGUAAGCUUACAAUAUUUUUGUUAUGCCUAUAGGUGAGUCAUAUCUCCACUUUAUGGUGAGUAGCAAGCUAUCCUUUUCAUGAUUUAGGAAAUUGAUAUCCAGGCAUUGACCUUGAAAUCCAGAAAAUUAAAAAUGACUGGCUCAUAAGGUGUCCUAGUAUGUCUAAACUUUGACUUGCAGAGUAUGAAGUACCAAGGUCAUUAUUUCUUUUGGCAAAAUGAAGACAGAACAGAGGAAAACUAAUCCUGUUUACAUCUACAACAUGUUGAAUUUUUGUAACUUUGCAACUUUUUGUUGGGGGAGGAAUUUCUCAAUGGACAAGCUUUCAGAAAACAGAUUUACUUCUAUUUUGUAAUGGACUGUUAGUAUUCUGCUUCAGUUGAUGAUGCUGGUCAAAGUUAUGGAGUAAACUGCAAAUUUGAAGACCCAUUUGUGGAGUGAAAUUUUAUUGUUAUGAGAAAGGUAAGAAAGCCUGAAAAAGAGAGGAAGCUAACUACUGAUGGCCACAGGUCUUUUCUGUGAAACAAUGAAUACAUUUUUGUAUUUUGUGUACCAUUUUGCCUCAAAUAAGAUUCGGGUAAUUUGGGUGCUACCACCUUCAACCUUGUUGAGUGUGCACUUUCAUUGCUUACAACUCAUAUAUGACAUGAUUAAUUAUAUUUUUACCAAAUCAGUUAUUUUUAACUGGAACACUUUUUAAAGUUAGUGGUAGACUAGAAUAGUGUGUCAGGUAGCGAUUCAGGCCCUUGCAUUUCACAGACAGUGUUUAAAGUCAUAAGAUACAACUGUCAGCAGGGUUCCUGGUCAGCUCAGCUUGUAAAACCAUUACCUGUGAACAGCAAAAGUCUGUGUUAGAGUUCCCAUCAGUGCACACAGUUGUAAUUUGUGAAAAAGUUUCAUUACAGAACACAAUCCUUUUUGUGUUUGAUUCAUGGAGGAUUAAAUUAUUGCAAAUACGGAGUUAUAUAAGUUCAGCGAUGUACAAUAUGAUGAAUAGACCUAAGGUGGUGGUAUGCAUAUAGAGAGAAAAACAAAAUCUUUUUUCUAUUAUUAUCAAAGUAGGUGUUGAAAGUGGUAAUUUAAGCUUAAGGUGUCACUGAGUAAAAAUCAAGGAAAGUUUUUGGAGCACACCUUGCAACAUCACACUAAAGAUACCAUGGUGAUAUAUUGGAGCUAGAACUCUUAUUGGGCGAAAAAAAUUAACUGAUAGAACUUAAACGUCAAAUUAAAUGCAAAGCAAAUGAAACAAGGAUCCAAAAAUUUGAAUAUAAGAAAGUGAACUAAAACAGGGAAAUGGGAAAAUAACAAAGAUAGAAAGGAUGCAUUUCAGACAACCUAAAAGAGGCUGGGUAUGUAAAUGAUAAAGAACAAGUGGCAACCAAAUUACCUAAUAAUGUGAAAAGUAUGAUGAUGCUUUUAAUCAUAUUAGCUAUAAUUAUGAAACUAAACUUUGCCCUUGUAUACUGUGUCAUAAUGUAGAAAUAAUUUGUCCAUUUGGAUACAGCAGCUGUAAUAUCAAAAUUUGUUGCAGGUGACUAUGACUGAAUUCUAAAUUUUAUUGUGAGCCACAAUAUAUUUCUCUGACGACAGCUUAAAGUAAAAUAAAAUUUUAGAAUUAGCUGUGGUGUCCUCUAAUCUUGAUUCAUCUUCUUCCAUAUUUUAUUGUAAUAUAUUUACAGUAGUAGCAAUCUCACUUUUCAUUGCCACAUUCUGAAGUGCAUGUUUGUUCUGAUAUGCAGUGUGAUGCAGUUUCUCUGUGGCAAAGGGGGAGGGGGAAUCAAAAGUAAGCAAGUGUAUGUGAUUCCUGUGACUACUGCCAGUUUCAGUGAAGGUCCUCUGAUGUGUGUGAUCAAACUGUGCUGUAAAAUGUUAAAAACAUUUCUAUGGUUAUUGUAAGUGGCCUUUACCAUGGUGACUGUUUUCAAAACACACCAGUGUAGUGUUUGUUGUGUUGCAGCACAGUCAGUGGAGUUUCAGAUUGUGUUAUACACACACACACACACACACACACACACACACACACACACACACA